AUGCGUUACAUUUCUUUCUUGAUUUUGUUUUUUAACUUUCUUGUAGUAGUAAACUCUUCAAUUCGUAACGAUAUUAUUCAAAAUGGAAAUAAACUUAGCAAUGAUGAACGAGUAGUAAACUUUCCGGUGACUCUGGGAUAUGUAACACCGUGGAACAACAAAGGGUAUGAUAUCGCAAAACUAGCAGGAAAAAAAUUUACUCAUAUAGUUCCUGUUUGGUUUCAAAUUGUUCCUUCUGCUGAUUCUAUUUGUUCAAUUGAAGGAACUCAUGAUAUUGAUCGACCAUGGAUAAAUGAGAUUAAAAAUAACUCCCCAGAUACAAAAAUUUUACCCAGAUUUUUAAUUGACAAAUGGGAUAAAGAUACGUGGAUAAAUAUGUUAAGGGAUGACAAUGUUCAACGUGAAUGUGGAAAAAUUUUAAGAAAUUUUGUUUUAAGAAACGAUUUUGAUGGUGUUGUCUUGGAAGUUUAUAUCCAAUCACUAAUGAUUAUUCAAGAUUAUGUUAUUACUGAAACUAUUGGAUUGAUUGAAAUGUGGAGUAGUAUGCUAAGAGAUAAAGAACUAGAAGUUAUAGUUCCACUACCAACACCAUAUCAUUUUGAUCAAAAAAAAAGCACUCAUAAUGAUAUAAAAUUAGAAUUUAGCAAUAUAUAUAACUCUGAACAAUUUAAAUUAAUUGCAGAUGCUGUUGAUUAUGUUAAUAUAAUGACUUAUGAUUUCCAUGGUGAAGGAAUGAUGGGUCCGAUGUUUUGGAUAGAAAAAGUUAUUAACUACGUAACAGAUAAUUUAGAAUCUGACAUCAAAGAAAAAAUUCUUUUAGGUGUUAAUUUUUAUGGAUCAGUUUACAAUCAAAAUGGUGUAACACCAAUUUUGUGGCGUGAUUUUGAUAAAUAUAUUAAUGAUGAAAGUAAUUAUAGUGACAUCAAGUGGAAUGAAGUUUCUCAAGAAAAUUUUGUUUCAGCAAAAAAUAAAAAAGAAAUUGUUUAUUUUCCAACAAAAAAAUCAUUGCUUUUACGUUUUAAAUAUGUUGAAAAAAACAGUAUAGGUGGGAUUGCUAUAUGGGAAUUGGGACAAGGGUAUAACUAUUUUACUGAACUUUUAUAA